AUGCGGGAAGACAAACAGCAGGCAGCAGGUGAGGGCUGAGGCGCGGCGGUGGAUCGAGGCGGUGCUGGAGUUGUCGUCAUCUGGCUAAUAAUCUAAUUUUAUCUGCUCAUCCUCAAUACCUACGAAGUUUUUACGUCAUAAUCUGAAAGCCGCUUCAGCAAAUUAUCGAAAUGGCGACCAAGGCGAUUCCUGCUCUUAAAACUGGGCCCAGCAAAUCUGAAUUUAAAGAUAAGGAGAAGCCAGCACAAAUCAGGAGCAGUAAUAUCGUCGCCGCCAAAGCUGUCGCUGAUGCCAUCAAGACAUCGCUGGGCCCAAGGGGCAUGGAUAAGAUGAUUCAAGAUGGAAAAGGAGAGGUUACCAUCACCAAUGAUGGAGCCACCAUCCUGAAACAGAUGAAGGUGUUGCACCCUGCUGCCAAGAUGCUGGUGGAGCUGUCUCAGGCUCAGGAUGCUGAAGCGGGUGAUGGCACUACCAGUGUUGUCAUCCUGGCAGGUGCCAUGCUGGAGACUUCUCAAAAGCUGCUGACCAAGGGAUUUCAUCCAGCUGCAAUCUCUGACUCACUGCUUCACUUCUCAGCUAAGGCUGUGGAUGUGUUAGAAUCCAUGGCAAUUCCUGUUGAUCUCACAGACAAUGCUUCUUUACUUAAGAGUGCAAACACGGCUCUUAAUUCCAAGGUGGUCCAUGAGCACUCAGGUAUGCUGGCUCCAAUGGCUGUGGAUGCAGUUUUGAAAAUUGUAGACCCAAACAAGGAUCAAAAUGUUGACCUGAAAGAUAUUCACAUCAUCAAGAAGCUUGGAGAAACAGUGGAAGACUCACAGCUUGUAGAUGGCAUUGUCUUCACCCAAAAGUCUCAGGGUAUUGGAGGACCCAGUAAGAUAGAAAAGGCUAAGAUUGGACUGAUUCAGUUCUGUAUAUCCCCUCCAAAAACUGAUAUGGACAACACAGUACUUAUCAGGGAUUAUGCUGCCAUGGACCGUGUACUGCGGGAGGAACGGCAGUAUAUUCUCAACAUUACCAAGAAAAUCAAGGCUGCUGGUUGCAAUGUUCUACUCAUUCAAAAGUCAAUCUUGAGGGAUGCUGUCAGUGACUUGGCAUUGCACCUCUUAGCAAAGCAGAAGAUCAUGGUUGUGAAGGACAUUGAACGGGAAGAUAUCGAGUUUGUAUGCAAGACUCUUGGCUGCAGACCUAUUGCUUCUCUUGACCAUUUUACACCAGAGGCAUUAGGAACGGCAGAGCUUUCAGAAGAGUUCCAGGCUGGAGACAGCAAGUUUGUCAAAAUAACAGGAGUACAGAAUCCAGGAAGAACUGUGUCUAUCUUGCUUCGUGGCAGUAAUAAACAGGUGUUGGAAGAAGCUGACCGCUCACUGCAUGAUGCCUUGUGUGUCAUUCGUUGUUUGGUGAAGAAACGUUUCCUUAUUCCUGGAGGUGGAGCUCCAGAGGCAGAGUUAUCCGUUAAAUUGACUCAACAUGCACACACAAUGAAGGGCAUGGAUGCAUAUUGUUUCAGAGCUUUUGCUGAAUCCCUUGAAGUUAUCCCUGGAAUCCUUUCUGAGAAUGCUGGCCUGAGUCCUAUCUCCACAGUGACAGAACUGAGAAAUAGACAUGCCCGAGGGGAAAUGCAUGCUGGAAUCAAUGUUCGCAAGGGAAGCAUCAGCAACAUCAUUGAUGAGAAUGUGCUUCAGCCUCUCCUUGUUUCCACCUCUGCCAUUACACUGGCUGCAGAGUGUGUGCGCUCUAUCCUCAAGAUUGAUGACAUUGUGAAUGUCAUCCGCUAGUUGGGUUUGUGUGCGGUUAAGAACAAGAUGCUGCCCAUGACGCCAGUUAAAUAACAUUCGACUUAUCUCACUGCUUUUCCUUCAAGUUUAUUGCUUACAUAAUGAAUAAAAUAAUAACAUAAUAACA